UUAUUUGUGUACACAAUAUUCUUUGUUCCUACACAUUACUCGGGAGCUAAUGAACAACAAUGAUUUCUUACUUUAGAAAAUGUACACAAUUCAUGGAAUCAUAAUAUAGGUUAGUUUACUAGCUAAUUGAGACAUAACCAAGAUGGGGAUAAAGUGCCUAAAAUUAAUUAUAUUAUGAAUGUGAAAUUAUUAAUUUGUGACUAUGUAGAUCAUAUUACUGGUCCUUUCAAUUAUAACAAAAGGAAAAAUGAUUUUUGUAAAUAAACAGUCUUCUUAUAACAAUGGUAACAGCUCUGAUCAUAAGCAUUGUUGAUUGCUGUCAACAAACUAAAAUAACAAUCUUCUCUUAAUUAUGGUAACUGAAGACUGAUACUAUAAGCCUGAGCAGUGAAGUUUGUUAUCAUGCAGUUAUUGUAAUUAAUGUUAUAAAAAUUAAAAAUGGCAUUCUGCAUGCGUUUUUACAAAGCAUAUGGAACCAGUAGGAAGUUAAAGAGAUAUAAACACGAAAAAGACAAUGCAAUAAGGAUACAAAAUGGUCUUCUACCAGUAUAUACGACAUCAGAUAAAUAUCAUCAUUGGUGGUCACGAUGCUGUUUAAAUAUUCGUUAUUAUUUGAGACGGAUGUUUACACUUCCACCAGACAGUCGUUUACAACAUUUCUGUAGCAAGACAUGUACGGAAGGAACACCUCAUAAUUUCAUUGCUAAAAGCUUCUUGGGAUUUCUUGGUGGGCUUGUUCUGACACAUAUUAUAUUCACAUUCUUUGUGCUCCAAUUGAACUUUUCUAUAGUUGGAGCAACGCUGUGGUGUUCAGUGAUAGGACUUAUUCUGACAAUGGGACUAGCAUUUUCACACACUGUAAGGGCUACGGUACUCUUACUUCUACCGCAGCUGUUCUCGAAGCACGGCCGAAGAGCACUGAUAGCUUAUGCAUUUGUCCUAGCACUCACGGGUCCUACAAAGAACACUCUACACAACAUACAAACACUGUCAGAGUCUCUGGCAUGUGCACAGGAAAAGCUCAAAGAAGCAGUUGAGGAGAUACGUGAUGCUAUAAUGAAACCGUUUGUAACUAUAAAAGAAGCAUUUCGAAAAGUGAUGAAAACAAUCAAAACUACAAUUAAGAAGAUAAAAGCAGCAAUGGGAGUAGUUAAAAGGCUCACUCACAGCAUAUUGCAGGUUAUGAAAUCAGUAAGCAAAUGGCUUGGUAACAUUGUUAAUAUUUGCAACAAGGAUAUGGGAACACCAUACCAGAGAUGCAUGCGAGUGUUUCACGACGCAGUUGCAGACUGUAAGGCCAAUUUAGGACCAGUGUUCAGAUGGUUGUGCGUAAUCGCCUAUAUUCCUUCCAAAGUCUGCUAUUCUGUUAAAAUAUUGGACUUCAUCUGCGUAUUUGUGGACUUCAUCAAUGAGAAUGUUGUGCAAGUUGUGAAAAACAAGAUGCACACAUUUCUUGCAAAUAUUCACGACGCAUUCUCUGUAUCUGUGGAGUUCAAACACUCAUUCCACUUUGAGACAAACCAGUCUGUCACAAUGAAAGAUAUUGCAGCCGGAAUGGUCACAGAGAUACAGGAACGCACAAAUAAGUUCCUGACCUUCUUUGAUUGGAUGAGUUUUGCAUUCAGCCUUUUCUUCCUCAUAAUGAUAUUCAAGGUCAUUCGCUACCGCCUCAAAUUUCUGAAAAAUGACAGGUUUGAUAAUAGAUUCAUCACUGCUGAUUUUCGGAAGAUAGACCUCCAGCGAGUUAAAAAUGAUCAAGAAACAGUUUUACCACUCAACAGAAGAGAAGAUAAGAUGUAUAUCACGGUGCAAUCCGUACGUCUUAUGGCCUCAGAGAAAAUGAAACUGACCAAAUCAGCAGUGUUUCUGGGAAUUACAACCUUCAAACUCAUUAUCCAUAUGAUGAUAGAUUAUAGCCUUUAUUGGGUAUUAACUAUAAUUCGAAAGCAUGGCAGCGUGCAGACUUCAGUGGAAGGUUCAAACAUGGUUGGGAUACACGUACAAGGUGAAGGGAUGUUAGCUGAUCUCUAUCGCAGUGUGGUGAAUGUUUUUGAACCUAUUGGUGCCAAGAUGGAAAUAGAUACUACACCCUGUCUCCCGAAUGGCAUACCACCUGACACCAGAUGCUACAUACAGAUAGUAACAGUUAUCAGCUUGUGUUGGUUGCUGGUGUUCCUGGAGCCAUAUGGACUGAGACUACAACAUGUCGUUAUGUGCUAUUACCAUCCAGACAGAGCCAGACAGAGGUCUGUAUGGCUGUACAAUCACAUUCUGAGGUCUCGUGGAAGUUUUCUCAAAUAUGCUAGAAGACAGCUCAGGAGAAAGUAUGGAAAAGGCAAUGAUGGUAUAACUGAGGAAGUGGGCCUCAUGGAUAGAUUACGAGCCCAGUUCCAUUUCCUGAACAUCAUACUUGGGAAGAGCAGUCAGAAGAUGUGUAUCGUAUGUGGCAAAGUUUUUAAGGAGGGAGACAAGGAAGAGCUGAUAAAAUGCCAAACACCAAACUGUUCUGGCCUAUACUGUUUAAGCUGCUAUGCUGAGAUCAUGAAUAUAUGCACCAUUUGUAAGGAACCUACAGAAUAUGGAGAUCUGUCUGAUGUGAGUCUCGAAAGAGAUUCAUCUGACGACGACUCCCUUAAUCCACAACUAGGUCUCCGCGAAAGAAAAUCAAAACAUACUUUGAUGAAAGCAAUCAGUAAUCGCAAGCGCUUAAAUGAUGAUGAACUGGGGCUGCUGCAUGCAGAUGCGAUUGAGAAUAACAACAUAAGCUCUUCAUCUUCUGAACAUUCAUACAGUUAUCAGUAUGAUGUAGAUAAAGAUCACAAUGCUGGGAAACCUCCGCUGGAAACUCAACACUCAAUCAGAGAUGUUGAAGCGCAACAGAUUUUUGAGCCUGUAUCCACUCAAGUGUUUAAUGAAUCAGAUUCAGACAAAGACGAUGAAAUAUCUCAAGAUAAAAAAGUAUGAUCUAACGGAGAUUCACAAGAAAGAAGACGGAGAGUGAAAAACAGAAAAUCAAAGGAUUUAAGGAAGACAGUUUCAUUUGCACGUGCCAUGCCAGAUGUUAAAAGUUUGUUUGGUGUCAAAACUGAGAAAAGGGAAACAGAUGAUGAAACUAAAGAGCUACUUGGUGAUGACGCACAAAGUGACAGUUCACUAUCAUCAGAGGAGACAGACACAAAGGAAAGAAAGUGAUACAAUGGCAUAUUAUGUUGGACAAACAAGCAAUGUUGUAUCUGAUUCCACAGAAUAAAUCAAGGCUCACUUGUGAA